AUGCGUAUCAAACGCAUGUCAUCCAUCGUCGAGGGUGAAGCUGAAUCCGCCAGAAUGCGGAAAGAUGAGACUCAUUAUAAAGAAGUGCUGACGCUCUUGAGCUCCAUGACAAUUAAGAAUACCAGCGACUCUAGACGAGACAAGUACAACAAUCUUCCAUUCAGUGCCAAUGCGAAGUUUAGCGGCCGCGAGGACAUAUUAGCGGCUAUACGCUCGGCCCUGAACCCAGAAAGCCAAGCGUCACUUCCAAAGUCCAUAGCCUUGUUUGGGAUGGGCGGUGUUGGAAAAACACAGAUUGCCACUCAAUAUGCAUAUCUCGAGCUGGAAUCAUUCGAUGUUAUCUUGUGGAUAUCAGCUGAUAAUGCGAUAUCCAUUGGACAAAGCUUUCGCACAAUUGCUGAUGGACUGGGCUUGCUUGAAAGCGAUGAUGAAAGGAAAGACGUCGCGGUAGCCAUGUACAAGGUCAAGAAAUGGCUUGCUACAACGACCUCGGCGUUUCUUCUGGUGUUCGACAAUGCGGAUGAUCUUGCUGCUGUGAAGACGGCUUGGCCAACCUCUACCCGUGGCUCAAUACUGGUAACAACACGAGAUCUCAUAAUCGCCACGUCUCUGGUGACAACUUACGCCUCUAUUGAGACUCUUGACGACGAUGAUGGCAGUCGGCUGCUUCUGAAGGCGGUUGACCUCGACAAUAAUUCCCUUACCGAGCAACAGCAGACUGCCGCCAUCGCCAUCGCCAAAACUUUUGACGGACUGCCUUUAGCUCUUACACAGAUUGGUGGGUUUAUUAAACAGCGAAGAUUGUCCUUGACUGAGUUCUUGCCGCUUUAUGAACGUAAUUCCCCUAAAAUCAAUGCUCGCAGAGCCCCUGGGAGUGAUUACGAGCACACUUUGAGUUCGGUGUGGAAUGUUUCCUUUGAGAGAUUGACGGAGAAUUCCACUCAUUUGUUAAAUUUGCUAUCCUUAUUCCACCCUGAUGGUGUCUUCGAAGACAUUCUAUUGCAAGGGUCUGAGAAUAUAGGUGAAGAAUUUGCCUUUCUGUCCGACGAAAUGGACGUUGGUGAUGCCUCCGAGGAGCUUCUUCGCGGAGCUCUCAUCAAUAGAUCAGGCGCCCCCGCAAUUCUAUCAAUGCAUCGUCUAGUGCAGUCAGCGGCUCGGAAUAGGGUCGAUGCCAAACGAACCGCGAAAUACUUUGAUGCCGUGGUUCACAUGCUAUGCUGGGGAUUUCCAGAUCACUCAAGCACAGAUAUAUGCCACCAGAUUUCAGCCUGGGCGCGUUGCGAGAAAUGUCUUCCACACGUGUACAACUUGGUGCUGCUUGCAAAGCACCAAGGGAAACAUCCUGAUGACGGACAGCAAUAUGCUAAACUCUUACUCAGAUGUAGCUGGUAUCUAUACGAACGGGAAAUGUACAUUGUUGCCAGGGGAAUGAUAGAACAAGCCAUCUCUAUUUUCGAGGACACUAAUAGUCUGGAGUAUGCCAGCGCCAUUGAUCUAGGAGGUCUCAUCGAUUUGGACUUGGCUCAGCCUUCCAAAGCCUUGGUGCCCUUCACACGGGCAUUAGAGAUACGCAAGGCCAAACUUGGCUUAGAAGACCCAUUCAUUGCCUACAGUCUGAACAAUAUUGCCCUAGCGUAUACUGAGAUGGGUGAAUUGGAUCACGCUUUUGCAGCCCACCAAGAAGCAAUUCGUAUCCGCUUUCAAGCUAAUAGCGACAGAAUCGGCAACUCCUACAGCAACCUGGCUAGUCUGUUUCUACGCAUGGGUCGCCCCGAAGAGGCAGAAGAGACUCUUGCCAAAUGUCCAUCUUUGAAAGACUUUACAGAUGACACUUUUCUCAGCACUGGCAAUCCUCGUUUCUCGGGCGAUAUGGUCUUGUUAUCUCGCAUUCGCCUAGCGCAGGGACGAUCAACUGAUGCUUUGAGACUAGCAUCGAAGGCUCUUGACUUUCGUCGAAGGUUGCUUGGCAACCGACUUAAAACAUGCGAUUCUGAAUACGAUGUGGCAUCCAUCUUGUUGAAUGAGGGUCAUGUAAGCUCAGCGAUGCAAUUGCUCCAAGAAAUUGUCGACAUAUCUGAGACAUUUGCCGAGGGAGAUGGUCAACGGGCUCGCGCCCUAUACAAACUUUCGGAAAUCUAUGCAAACCGGGAUAUGUUGGCAGAAUCAACAAGUUGUAGAGAAAAGGCAGUAGCUUUACGGUCUGCGCUACGACCGGAUCUUGUGGACUCUCCGUUUGAGGAAACAGAGUUUUCGAGGCUGUGCUUAUGGAUGUUGUGGUAA